UAUGGUGAUCGAUCGCCAGCUGCUGAGUCGGACGAGAGCAACCCUUCUGGUACUCCAGUACUUUCCUCUCUAAUAGUCCUAGUCGCAGCCGUCAUUAUUGAGCUGAUUUUGGGCGGCGGCAGCUCCCUGGAGGUGCCCCAAGCGGGCACCUCUACAGGGGGCAUGCUGUGCAAGGUGUACCCCAGCCCGGGGGCGGCUCGCAGCGUGUGGGGCCUGCAGGGCCACUCGUGCAACAUGGAACAGCACUCGGCCGCGGCCAGCAGGGACGAAAAGGACGCCCUUUGCUGCAACUACGUCCACAUGGACAGGGAGAACUGCAAGUCGAUCUUCGACCUCGUCCGAACCGGGGAGUUGCGUGACAUCGAGGCUCUGGUGGAGAACGUGGGCUCGGAAAUCCUGAGCUCGCGCGACCAGUGGGGCUACACGCCGGCACACUGGGCCGCCCUGGAUGGCAACGUUAACGUCAUGCGCUACCUGGUCGAGCGGUCGGCCCCCGUUGACCUCCCUUGCCUGGGCACUCAGGGGCCGCGGCCCAUCCAUUGGGCCUGCCGCAAGGGCCACGUCGCCGUCGUGCAAGUCCUUCUGCAGGCUGGCGUGGCCGUCAACGCAGCCGACUUCAAAGGCUUGACGCCCCUGAUGACGGCUUGCAUGUUUGGCAAGGCGGCCACCGCGGCCUACCUGCUUGGCAUGACAGCCCUGAACCACCUCACGGACAUCAACGGCGAUACCGCUCUGCACUGGGCUGCCUACAAAGGCCACCCUGAGCUGAUCCGCCUGCUCAUGUACUCGGGCGUGGACCUUCAGAAGCCCGACAACUUCGGCUCUACGCCUUUACACCUAGCUUGCCUUUCUGGAAAUGUCAACUGCGUAAAAAUGCUAUGUGAAAAGAGCAAAAUCGAGCUUGACCCGCGCGACAAAAACGGGAAGACGCCACUGAUGCUGGCGAAAAGCCACCGCCACCACGACGUGGUGCAGGUCCUGCAGUCCGAAUACAAGCGCAGAGCCCGAUGCGUGCCUCCUGUCAACGAAAUUUGGGGUCUGCUCUUCGGUGGAGCUGGCGACUCGAAAGGCCCCCUGCUCCUCUUUGUGGGGUCCGUGCUCUUGUGGGGCUACCCCAUGUAUUUGCUGAGGUGCAUCCCUAUAACAUGGAACGUCCUGCGCGGAUCUCACUACUGUUUCAUCUACUGGAACUUGGUCAUGUGGAUCAGUUGGAUCGUGGCUAACCGAAGAGAUCCUGGCUGCGUCCCUCUCAACACGGAUAGCUACCACAGAGCCAUAAGACAGAUUCCUUAUUAUGACAAGUGGAAACAGCGCAAUAUAGUGCUGUCCCGCCUGUGCCACACGUGCCGUUGCCUGCGACCUUUGCGGGCCAAGCACUGCCGCAUUUGCAACCGGUGCGUGCAGUACUUCGACCACCACUGUCCCUUCAUCUACAACUGCGUCGGCUUGAGGAACAGAAUGUGGUUCUUCAUGUUCGUGGUGAGCAUCGCGAUCAACUGCUCGUACACCAUUUACUUCGCGUGCUACUGCAUCGCCCUCGAGGGCUGGGAGAUGAUGUACAUACUGGGCCUGAUCGAGGCGCUCGUCUUCUCAGGACUCGGAUGGGUUCUUACCUGCACCUCGGUGCUUCACGCCGCAAUGAACCUAACAACUAACGAGAUGUUUAACUACAAGCGCUACCCGUACUUGCGGGACAAAAGGGGCCGCUACCACAACCCUUUCUCGCGGGGGCCGUUGCUCAACCUGAUGGAGUUCUUUUUGUGCUCGGCCAAUGUCAAUAAAGAGGAAGAUUUCCUCGACGAAGAAGCCAUUUGACCAGAGCCUUCGGGCCAGCCGCUGAGGCGCCUCAAAAAAUAGCACACACUUCACACUUUUCUGCUGAUCAAUCGCAGUCUUUCCAAAGAUUUUUGCAAACGUCGAAUCGCCUCCGGUUUCACACUGCGCUCUUAAGGCACGUCCGUUCGAUUUGAAUAUAUUAUAUGCAACGAGACGGCUUCCUAUUUCAAAUUGGCACGCGUGGCAAUAAAUAAUUUUUAAACACUGACAUCAGGUAAGCGGCUACGCUGAGAGUCUAAUUUGGUUGUCUCAUAUUGUACAAAUGGACCGGCUGUAGCAGAUAAAAUGUUGAGAUUUGAUGGGAAAAUUAAUGAAAGGAAAAGUAUGCUUGUUGCUGUUCUUGUUGUAUUUUCGUACUUGAAGCGAUAAAUUCUUUCUUAAGAAAACGGCUCUUGUGCAUUAAAUUAAUGUGUUGUACAAAUAACGUUAACUCGGUGUGGUGUUUAGCCAACCAUCUCGAGGGGUCUUCGGCCGUAUCCAAGAGCUAAUUUUGAGUACUAAGACAAAUUUGACACAACGGCCGAGGCCGCUCGUUGACCAAACCCCUUCUGUGUGAGCUCUCUCGGUUAAAUUUCUGUCGUUAGUUGUUGAGCCCCAACGAAUGCCUGCCUACAUUUACAAAGAUGCAAGAAUUGCAUGCUGCACAUUUUAACAACUCUUUCAUUCCCAUCAUUUCAAAAAGCAACUGAUUAUGCGAAAGUUGAUCAUUUACAAUAUAUAUAUAAUGUAGCAAAUUUACUUAUUGUUAUGCACAUUUAAAAUGCAAUAAAAAACUUUGCUGGCA